AUGCAUGAGAAAGACAUUCUAGAACCCAUCGCCGUGGUGGGGAUUUCCUUCAAGUUUCCACAAGAAGCUACCUCCGAGGCUUCGUUGUGGGAACUCAUGAUACAGAAACGAUGCGUUGCAACGAAAUUUCCCGAGCAGCGUUUUAACAUAGAUGCAUUUCAUAGUUCAGAUAGCAGUCGAAUGAAUAAGAUAUCCACGCAUGAUGCGCAUUUUCUGAAGGGAGACAUCCGAGACUUCGAUGCCCCAUUCUUUUCCAUUCCCCCGCUUGAAGCCGCUACAUUAGAUCCCCAGCAGCGAUCUUUGCUGGAAACGACUUAUCGAGCAUUAGAAAAUGCUGGCAUUCCAAUGGAGAGCGUCAAACGCUCGAAGAUUUCGGUUCAUGUUGGUUGUUUCACAAACGACUUCAUGACGAUGAGUUGGAGAGAUUCCCAACAAGUGCCAAAGUACAGUGGUACUGGCAGCGCUGGAUCCAUCCUUUCCAACAGGAUAAGCUGGUUUUUCGACCUAGCAGGGCCUUCUAUAACAAUCGAUACAGCGUGCUCUAGUUCAAUGGCAGCGCUUGAUCUGUCUUGCCAAGGUCUUUGGUCAGGUGAAUCGACUAUGGGCAUCGUCGCAGGCUCAAGUCUAAUUCUCACUCCAGAGAUGAACAUAGCUUUAUCUAACAUGAAUUUUCUUUCGCCAGAUGGCCGAUGCUACAGUUUUGACGAUAGAUCUAAUGGGUAUGGUAGAGGCGAAGGAUUUGGCGUUUUGAUUCUGAAGCCUAUUUCUCAGGCAAUUCAAGAUGGAGACACGAUCCGUGCUCUGAUUCGGUCUACGGGGACGAACCAGGACGGCCAUACACCGGGUGGUGUCACUCAGCCUAGCAAGGAUUCGCAGGCGAAAUUAAUCACUGAAACCUAUCGAAAAGCUGGCCUUGAUAUGGGGUGGACCAGGUUCGUCGAAGCCCACGGCACCGGAACAGCACUUGGAGACCCGAUAGAAGCCAGAGCCAUUGGGGAAAGUUUUCGGAAGUAUCAGGGUGAGAACGACGGCGUAUACAUCGGAGCUGUCAAAUCCAAUAUCGGGCAUCUAGAAGGCACAAGCGGAAUUGCCGGUGUGAUAAAGACAGUCCUUGCCUUAGAAAGAGGUGUGAUUCCACCUAACACUAAUUUUGAGGUGUUGAACCCUCAAAUAGAUGCAGAAGGGCUCAAGAUCAAGUUUCCAGUUGAAAGCAUCCCUUGGCCUAGUCAUGGGAUCAGAAGGGCAUCGGUUAAUUCGUUCGGAUUCGGCGGAACAAAUGCUCAUGCGGUGUUAGAUGAUGCGUACCAUUAUCUAUCAUCAAGACAUCUCAGUGCGAAUCACUGUACUGCAAAAUCUCUGCCAGGACGAUUCCCGUUGCAAGCUACCAAUGGUUUUCGAACUCCAUCUGGAGAAGUGCAAAGCGCCAAGCUGCUUGUCUGGUCAGCCGCAGACGAAGAUGGAAUUCAUCGACUUGCUGCAGAAUACGGCCAAUAUCUCUGUAAUCUUGACAAGAAAGACGAGGUUAAGUUUCUCAGCGAUUUAGCGUUCACUCUAAAUAUUCGACGCAGCUCGUUGCCCUGGAAGUCCUUUACUGUAGCAGACUCCGUGUCAAAGCUGGAGAAAAGUCUACUCGAAGACACACUUUCGCAGCCGAUUCGAUCUCCUACCCAGAAACCCACCCUUGGGUUUGUCUUCACCGGGCAAGGGGCACAGUGGUGGGCAAUGGGUCGAGAAUUGUCAAUCUACCCCGCUUUUAGAGCCAGUUUAAGGGAUUCUGAGGAACAUUUGCAACAAAUUAAUUGUUCAUGGUCACUUGAAGCUGAAAUGGCAAGAGAUAAAAUGUGCUCGAGAAUCAAUGAGCCGGAACUCAGCCAGACUAUAUCGACGGCUGUUCAGAUUGCCAUCGUGGACUUACUUGGGUAUGUCGGUAUUGUACCCUCAACUGUGGUAGGACACUCUUCUGGCGAGAUUGCUGCUGCCUAUUGUAUUGGCGCACUAUCCAAGAAGUCUGCGUUAAAAGUGGCAUACUUUCGUGGUAAGCUGGCAUGCAAACUCACAGACUGUCUCGAUCCGAAGUCAAAACAUUCUAUGGUUGCUGUGGGUACAUCUCCAGGUCGAAUAUACGCUAUCCUCGAAACAUUAGCUGAGCGCUUCGGCUUAAACGCGAAUCUGUUGACCGUGAGUUGCAUCAACAGCCCGAAUAAUGUCACUAUUUCGGGACCAGAAGUUCAAAUCGAUGCGUUGACAGCGCACUUGAACCAUGAAAAGAUCUUUGCCCGUAAGCUGAUGGUUAAGGUCGGAUAUCAUUCGCCGCAAAUGAACAGAAUUUCCUGUGAAUAUCUGGAGCAUCUCCGAGGUCUUCAAAAAGGAACACUAUCAAAAGCCCAGAUGAUGUCGACCGUGACCUGUAAAACAGUCUCGGCGGAUGUCUUGUUAACAGGGCAAUACUGGGUUGAGAAUAUGGUAUCUCCCGUCAACUUUCUGGGUGCAAUGAGAAACUGCUCUAUCAGAUCGAGUCCAGGUGGGAGAAAAUUAGAUAAAAGUCACUUGAGGGAAAUUGUCGUUAGUAUGUGGCUGGAGAUUGGACCUCACUCUGCACUUCAAGGGCCUAUCAGAGAUAUCUUGUCUUCCGUGAAGAGAAGUCACGAGGUGACGUACAGCUCUGUUUUAGUUCGCAAUCGAUCCGCUCUCGAAACAUUUCUUACGUCUGCUGGGACGCUGCAUUGCCAAGGUUUCCAGGUAGACUUGCAGAAAGUUAAUCGACUUGAUCCUUGCGCCAGCUUGCCUCUCGUUCUUCCCGAUCUCCCACACUAUCCUUUCAAUCAUUCUGUGGUGUAUUGGGAAGAGUCUCGAAUCGGGAAGACGUUUAGAUGUCGUGAAUAUGGUAAUCAUGAUUUGCUUGGCAGCCGAGUGGACGAUUGGAACCCUCUUGAGGGCACGUGGCGAAUGAUUAUCCGGGCAGAGGAAAUGCCAUGGGUCAAGGAGCACCGAGUCAAUGGUUCAAUACUUUACCCUGCAGCAGGAAUGCUCGUGAUGGCCAUCGAAGCCGCAAAACAGCUGGACGAUACACAGUUUGCAAUCGGUUAUGAGAUUAGUGAUGUCUCUUUUCACACCGCCCUUAUCAUUUCCCAAGAGAAUGUCGAAACGCAAAUUUGUCUCCGCCCAUCAACCGAUACUGCGAACAAAAAACACCUCUCCUACGAGUUCCGUAUCUAUUUUCACAACAGCUUCGAUCAGAAAUGGGAAGAGGUUUGUCGCGGAUGUGUACGAGCUGAUUUUGGGAGAACCGAGUCAGAUGUCAGUGUUUGCAGCGAGACUUCACAAGAACUGGAGCACUUGCGAAAUGUUCAUGCGAGAUCAGUAGCUGAACCCCAUCAAAGUAUGGAGCCUGCGAGGAUGUACCAGAUGUUCAAAAAGGUCGGGUUGGAAUACGGGCCUAAUUUUCAACAAUUGACAGACAUUCGCUUCAACAAUGCGGGAGAAGCGAUGUCAACAGUCACCCCCUCUACAUGGUCAAGAGAAUGGAGUGGCAAUGCUGCUCAAAGCCACGUUGUCCACCCAACUACCUUGGACAGCAUGUUUCAAUUAGUCUUCGUUGCUUUGAGUAACGGCGUCUCAAAGACUCUACAGACAAUGGUUCCAAGGCGUAUGCAAAAGCUCUGGAUAUCAAGCACGGGUGUCGGUACUUCGUUUCUAGGCUCGUUGCAGGCGCAUGCAGAAGCAUGCUGUCUAAGCCGCCGAAGCGCUACAUGCUCUAUAUCAGUUAUGGGUGGGGACGAUUCACUGAAGGUUCGUAUUCAAGGCUUCGAAAUCACUGCUGUCUCAAGUCCACAAAGUAUCUCUCAGGAACAAAAAGCGAAGCGAUUGUGCUACGAAACUCGUUGGGAUGUUGAUCCGCAACUUCUAGAUCUGGAUCAGAUUCUUCGACAUUGCAAACAAGCCUACGUUCCUCGCGAAGAACCAAUCGACUUCGCUGCAGAUUGCGAAUCAUUCGUUCUCUCCUGUGCUUCAAUUGCUUUGGCAGAACUUAAGCAACUCAACCGUUUACCUGCCCCAGCCCUUGCCAGAUAUGCAACCUGGCUUCAAGGUAAACUGGACAGUGAUUUGGCGAAAUUUCCCCCAGAGUAUCGGCCUUGCCGAACAGCUCACUUAGGUAAUUCGGCCAACUUAGAAGAGCUUCGUGGAAGAGUCGCCACCAAUCACCAAGGAAGGCUCUUUGAAAAGGUUGGAAAAGCACUGAGUCAAAUACUACUAGGAGAUGUCGACCCCUUACAAGUCUUAUUCGAGGACGAGCAGCUGGUAGCGAAUUUCUAUCAGGAGGUAAACGAACACACCCAGAUAUUUGCAAUGUUCUCUCGAUUCUUGGAUUCCCUCCUUCACAAAAAUCCGGGGAUGAAGAUACUGGAGAUUGGAGCUGGAACUGGCGGCACGACAGGAAUUUUACACCAAACCUCGGCGCCCGAUCCGAGCCACCCACGAUACAGCGAAUAUCACUUCACAGAUAUCAGUCCGUCGUUCUUUGCCAAGGGGAGAGAAAAGUUCCAGCACAACGGCCGAAUGUCUUUCUCUGUUCUAGACAUUGAACGAGAUAUUUUCGAUCAGGGAUUUCAAGGAGAAUACUAUGAUUUGAUUAUUGCUUCCAAUGUUCUUCAUGCUACUCGAAGCCUGAGUAAGACCAUUGGGAACACCCGCAAGUUGCUGAAACCCGGUGGGCUGCUCCUCCUCGUGGAGUUGACGGUACCAGACUUGCUCCCAGUUCCAUUCGUGUUCGGCACACUUCCUGGCUGGUGGCUGAGCUCAGAACACUAUAGGCCAAUGGGCCCGCUUAUCAAUGUUGAGCAGUGGGAUGUGGUAUUGAAAGAAAAUGGUUUCUCCGGAACGGACCUCGUUCUUAGAGAUUACCAAAGCGAAGCAUGUCACACAGCAAGUCUGAUGCUUUCUACUGCCACGGGAUCAGAUAAGGCUUCGGAGUCAGAUUUGAAUUCAAAGACCAUCGUAGUCAUUGACGAAAAUUCUUCCUUUCAACGGAAUAUGGUCGCUGCUCUUGUCUCAGAGCUGAAAGUAUGCGCAGCACUCACCAAGGAGCAGGUAUCUACGAUGCCGAACCGCGACCAAUAUCAGUACAUUAUACUAAUUGAAGUCGAUGGUCCAGUGCUCUCCAUGAUCGAUUCGCAGGCUUUCAUUUCCAUCCAGUCCUUUCUCUGUUCGUCCAAAGGCAUCCUUUGGGUGACCGGAGGUGGCGGUCGAAAGUCUGUGUUACCAGACUAUGGAAUGGCACAGGGUCUCUUCACUGUUCUUCGCCUCGAAAAUGGCACCAUCCCAAUGUCGGUAUUGGGGCUGGAGGUAUCCCCAGAUUCAUUAUGUCAAGAACAUGCAAGAAACAUUGCCGCGGUUUUUAAGAGUAUGACAUCUGCAAGAGAAACUGCUCCUGAGCUGGAAUAUGUAGAAGUGGACGGUCUACUGCAUAUCAAUCGGAUCUAUGAAGCAAAGUCACCGAACGAGCAUGUGUUCGACCAAACCAUAGUUCAGUCGCGCAUUCAACAAUUUGGAGAAGGGCCUGCGAUCAAGCUCAGCGCCGAAGUGCCUGGACUAGACUGUUUGCAAUUCAUCGAAGACUCAGAACACGACGAACCCAUGGCGCCCGGAGAGGUUGAAGUACAAGUUCAUGCGAUCGGUGUCAACUUCAAGGACCUCUUGACGGUCCUGGGUCGUGUAGACUCCGAUGUCCUAGGUUGCGAAUGCAGUGGUAUCAUCAGCCGAGUUGGUGAGGACUGCGGGUCCCUUAAGCUUGGAGACCGCGUUACCAUGAUCUCUUUCGGGGCAUACAGAACAUACGCCAGGUCUAAGGUGGAUUGCGUAAUCAAGAUCCCCGAUGAGAUGACAUUUGUGGAAGCCGCAGCGAUUCCUACAGUGUUCUGCACUGCUUUUUACAGCCUCUGCGAGAUUGCAAGAUUGGAGAAAGGAGAAUCUAUUCUCAUUCAUGCAGCAUCCGGUGGUACUGGGCAAGCGUCAAUACAAAUUGCCCGACAGAUAGGAGCCGAGAUAUUUGCAACGGUUGGUUCUGUGGACAAAAAGCUCCUUCUCAUGGAUAAGUACGGCAUUGCAGAAGACCAUAUAUUUUACAGCCGGGACACCUCAUUCGCCGAAGGCAUACAAAGGAUGACCAACAAUCGAGGGGUAGACGUGAUUCUGAACUCGUUGUCUGGAGAAGGCCUGUUGGCUUCUUGGCAAUGUAUUGCUCAAUACGGUCGAUUCCUUGAAAUAGGAAAGAAAGAUAUCAACGACCACGGCAGUCUCCCUUUGUAUCCUUUCCAUAAGAACGCUCUGUUUGCAGGGAUCGAUCUCACUUGCCUUGUUAUCAACCGACCCCACCUGAUACAACGAAUACUCCAACAAGUAAUGUCAAUGUUCAGUCUCAAUCAACUCUCAGCACCAUAUCCACUCCAUGUGUUUCCGAUCUCUGAUACAGAAAAAGCGUUCCGCUUCCUUCAAGGAGGCAAAAGUUCAGGCAAAAUUGUUCUCAAGAUUGAGGAGAAAUCAAAAGUCCUUACGUCUUUGACAACGAAGUCAGCAUAUCGGUUUAAGAACAAUGUAACUUAUGUGAUAUCAGGUGGGCUCGGCGGUCUUGGACGGAGUAUCUCCAGGUGGAUGGUAGCAAGAGGCGCGAGGAACCUGAUCCUACUUUCCAGGUCCGGACCAGCGUCCAAUGUGAAGGCUCAGGAACUUCUUGCUGAACUUAGGAAAAAAGGAGUACAUGUGGUGGCUCCUGCAUGUGAUAUCACCUGUUUGCCAUCGCUUCAAAAGAUUCUAGACGACUACAAGGACGAAAUGCCUCCCAUCAUGGGUUGUUUUCAAGGUGCAAUGGUCCUGAAAGAUGCUACGUUUGCUGCAAUGUCUUUCCAAGACUGGAAAACCUGUACUAUGCCCAAGGUUCAGGGGUCAUGGAACUUGCAUACCUUACUCCCCAAGGGCUUGGAGUUCUUCAUCCUCCUCUCCUCUACUUGUGGCAUCUAUGGAAACCCUGGCCAGAGCAACUACGCAGCAGGAAAUACCUACCAAGCUGCAUUGACAAACUAUCGAGUAUCUCAAGGAGAAAAAGCUACAACAAUCGAUCUCGGCGUUGUUCUGUCAGAAGGCUUUGUUGCUGAGAACGCUCACAUCAUGGAGCAUCUGAAACGAGUUGGAGUCUUGGACAGCUUGAGCCUUGACGAGCUAUUUGCGCUGCUCGACUAUUAUUGUGACCCUGCUUUCAGUCCAGAGACAACAAUGCAAAGCCAUGUGACCACUGGAAUUUCCCUUCCAACCGACAUCCGUGCCCAGGGCGGCGAAGUCCCAUAUGCUCUACAACAGCCGGUCUUCCUCAGCCUUCACCAGAUUGAUAGCUCAACAAAGUCCACGAUCAAAAUCAGUGAGCACAGUCAAGAUUUCAAAGCACUCUUUGCGUCCGCAGCCUCUUUGAAAGACGCGGGACUGCUUGUAUCUGAAGGCUUGUGCAAAAAGCUAUCUCGCGUCUUAGGUAUCCCGAAGGAGACCAUUGCAUUGAAUGGCAGAGUUGAUAGCUAUGGAGUGGACUCUUUGGCCGCUGUGGAAUUGAAGAAUUGGUUGUCGCGCGAGAUGAGUGCUGACGUAGCCGUUUUUGAAAUCUUGGGCGGUCCAACCCUGAUAGAUGUUGGAUUGACGACUGCAGCGAAGAGCGCAUUCCGGAAGGACGAUUGGACUAAUUAAAAGAGUGGUACUGUUGGAAGUUUGAACUGAUACAUGGCGCUGAUUCAGCCAACUUGUCAAGUUUCAAUUUAUUUAGAAGGUGUGGGAAAGGAAUCCCGAAUGCACUAAUUAGCC